AUGGAUUUCCACGUGUAUGAAUGUAUCUGCCAGCUAUGCCUCAGCAUGCAGAUUGUUUGGGGGUUAGAUAAGGUGAUGCUCCUGAAUCCUCCAGGUGACACUGUGCCGGACCAUCCAUUGAAGGUGCUCUACUCGUGUGAUGGACCUUCUACAGUACAGCUGGACUGUGUUGUAUCUUUUGAAACCGGCACAGUCUCCACUUUUCUUCUUAGAAAGUGGAGUUGUGUCCCCAGUGACCCUAAAACCAGGACUGUCCGGUUGAAUCUGCCAGACUGGUUAGUGUUCCAAGCAGAUGGCAUCGUUCCAGAUUCUGACUGGGUACUGAGUUGUAUCCUUCGAGCUUCAGUCAGAUACGAUGGACUGAAUGAUGCUAAAAUGAUCAUCAGUGCUCAGGAUGCGGCAGCUUUGCACCCAAAGCCUCUUUUUAGUCGACCCGUCAAACCCCACCAGCUUUGUUUUGCCUGGAGCCGACAAAUGUUACAACUAACUCAAUGGUCUUUCAAAAGACGAUGUCCUUUUGAGCAAGAAACCGUAUACUUGCUGUCCACAAUCUAUGCCUCAACCGGAGAAAAUUUUGGUAUCACGAAGACGCUGGAACCUUACAGGAACAAACUUCUGGAGUUCUUGCGCCUUAAAGCCAUCACUUUUCCAUGGUGCAGGAUUUCCAUUUGGUUGUUUGUGACCAGACAUUGCCAGGAGAGACUGUGUGGUGUGUUUCAUCACAUAGAUUCGCAUAAUAAUUACGUCACACCAUCACUUUUCCUCAAACAUUCAGGCCAACUUCACAUCCAGAUAAGUGGGGAGGCCGAGGAGUCGUCUGCUUUUAUCUCUACGUUCCUGGUGCCUUUAAGUGAGUGGUGCCAGUUCAGUUUGACUUUACAAGGGAAAACCGUCACUGUUUCCAUGGAGUGUCUGAAUAAAAAGCAAAGAGUUUCUACAGAAUAUGUGUUAAGGCAUGCUGCCAUGUUUGAUGACACAGAAGGAUAUUUUGUAAUUGGUGGAGGGAAGUAUAUUCAAGGUGUGGAAGGUUAUUUUGGACCAGUGACAUACCAUCGCAACAAAGCAUCACCUCACAGCAAGCCUGAAGUUGUUCCAGAUGUCAUUAAGAAUGUAAACCUGACUGGAUGGCUUCAGACCUGUCAAGAGUUUGUUUUUGAGAUGACAGACAAGAUCAGAGGCUUUUCACUGGAGGCAAAACGAGGAAGAGAGUCUGAGGCCUAUUUUGAUGUUUUCCAUGAAUGGACUGUAAAGGAGAGACCAUCAUCACAUAUGCAGUGUGAACAGUGGGAGGAGACGCCCACUCGCAGAAAACUAGCAGUUAAACUGGCCAAAUUACUGGUUUUCAAAUAUGGAGGAAGAGCGGUGAGCCCGACAGCUGUGGGCAGAGCUCUGUACUCCUUAUCACUUCAGAAACUGAGCAGAGCAAAGAGCAGUGCAGCGGUCAGCAAAAUAUUACCACUGCUGCUUCAAGCUGGCUGUCUGGCUGAUAACCGAGCUCUGCACAUGUCAUCUGUGCUCUACAGUUCUGGCCUGGGAGUCCAAAAACAGCCCAUCAAAGCUUGGCUCUUUGCCCUGGUAGCUGCUCAAAACGAUGAUCGCUUGGCACUUCUACACCUUGGGCACUUGCAUCAUCAGGGGGUAGAUGGUUUCCCCACAGACCACAAUCUGGCCUAUGCCUAUUAUGCUAAUAUUGCCAAACAGACAGUUGCAGACCGACAGAAUCCCACAUCGCAGCAGACCUUUGUAGAAGCUGUGUAUUUGACCGAUGACGAGACACUGAAGCUUCAGACCAAGGAAGACCAUCACAUCUUCCAGUGGCUAAAACUGCAGGCGAACAGAGGAGCAGCUGAGGCUGAGCAAGCCAUUGCCCGCAUGCUGUUCUGGGGUCAGCAAGGAUUGUCUCCAAACAUCCAGGAGGCUGUGAAGCACUACAGAAGAGGAGCUGUGCAGCUGGAAGACCCAGUAUCAAUGUAUGACUAUGGAAUAGUACUUCUGCAGGGACAUGGGGUUGAGAAGGACAUUCAGAAAGGUGUCACAUUCCUGAAGAAAGCUAUGGAGCAGGGUUUUGCUCCUGCCUUCAACGCCCUGGCCUGGUAUUAUGAGCAGUAUGAGCAGAACUACGAGCAGGCGGUGCAGCUGUGGGAAAAGGCAGAUCUCCUCGAGUCUCCCGAUGCUGCUUUGAAUCUUGGUGUCAUUUACUCACAGGGUCUGUAUCCAGGAAGGCCUGCCAAUCAGUAUGUGGCGUACAAUUACUACUGGAAGUCUGCCAACAGAGGGCACAUCCGAGGAGGAGUUCUGCUUGCCGACAUCUGGACCACAGGGAUACCAGGCUUUGUCGAGAGACGCCCAUCGGACGCUGUUUUGUGGGUGAAGUGGGUUGCUGAGCACAAUGGAUAUUUGGGCAGCAUCUUACGGAAAGCGCUGGACUCUUAUCUCAAGGGUGACAUCUUCAGUUCACUCUUGUUUUACAUGAUGGUGGCAGAAUCGGGGUAUGCACCUGCACAGUUUAAUGCUGCAUAUCUUUGUGAACAAAACACAGGGAGUUUUCUGGAUCCUGCGUAUGCAACACAAUGCGAGUGGAGAUAUUACAACCUCACAAUCCACAGUCAAAACCCUGAAACUUAUGCCUUUAUUAGAAUGGGUGAUCUGCUGUAUGACGGCAAACGGAAAGACUUGUUUUCUGCAGCACAGAUGUACAAGCUGGCAGCACUAAGAAACAAUCCGCAGGGAUGGUACAACCUCGGCCUGCUUGCUGAAGAGGGCUACAAGCUGCCACUUUCCAUACUGACUGAACUCGGCCUGUCAGAGCUGUACCUUGCAGACAGAAAUGCGCUUCUGAGUCUUUUGUACAAAAAGUGCAGAGACUCAGAGAACACAGAUUCGUACCUGCCUUGUAGCCUGGCUCUUUUUAAUGUGUUUCUUCAGUCAUUUGACAAGGAGUACGUUGAUGCUAUUAAGCUCUUCACUGCUGUCGCCGUGGUUGCAGCUCCAACAAUGUUCGUAAUUGUCCUCGGUGUGUUCAGGAGACGCAUCUUUUCUUCCAGUACCAACUCGUGA